UUAUCUUCCAUAUCAGUUUUCAUUCUCGUAUUCUAUCUUCUACAAAAUACUACAAACCUUAACCAAAUCAGAAGGAAGAAGAGAUUUAUCAUCAUCUUCAUUAAUACAAACGAUGAAGUGGGUAGGAAGAAAUCAUUCUUCAACUUCCUCUUCUUCUGUCUCUUCCUUCAUUUCUCAUGCAUCUCCUUUCUCUUGGUUCUCCAAGUUCAAGAAUAUGAGAAUCAAUUCGGAGCCAAGUGCUGCAAAAAUGAAGCAAAAGGCAAAGCCUAGUAGUUCACCUCAAUAUUUCUGUGAGAUUGGAGAUAGAAGAUGUUGUGUAAAGAAUGAUGGUGAUUUCUGUAGACAACGUUUAAACGAGGAUGAGAAGAAUGAAGAUAUUGAUGAGAGUGUGAUUCACUCCUCAAGUUGCUUUGGUGGUAGAAGGGAUGUUAAAGGCACACCAGAGUUAAAGGAGAGGGAUAUUGGUCAAGGAGAAGAAAGAAAGUUGGUGGAUGAUGGGAAGGUUUCAAAGAAGAUGGAUGUGUACAAUAGAGAAAAGGAAUAUGAAAACUUAAGGAAGAGAUUUGAGAGGAAAGCAAAAAAGGCUUUUCAAGACCAACUCUUGACACUUGAAAGAGGAUCAAGUAAAGCAGUGGAAAAAGAUGUGUUGCAAUUGGAAUCACCUAGAACAAUUUGCACCCCAAGAACACACGCUUUUUCUUCUUCAGCAAUUUCAAGGAAUCCCAUCCUUGGAAAUGUUAUAGAAAAUUUUGAGAAAAAUGAAAGGCUGUCUCACAAGAAAAUGAGUUCUGAGAGGCAGAACUUGAAACAAACUGAGGAGACGAAGGUAAAGACCAACAGGAAUAAGCAAUCACAUCAACUCAACAGAGAACGUCAGAGGAGGAAACAAAAGCCGAGCUCUAGGGUCAAAAUACAUUCUCCAAGGAUGGUUUCUAAGGUUGAAAUUUGCAAAAUAAAGGCCCUGGAAGACAUGAAGAAAGCAAAACUAAAGACGAAGAAAGAAAAGGAGGAAAUACCAGUAUUAGAAAGCUUUGCUGUGAUUAAGUCUUCAAUAGAUCCAAUGCAAGAUUUCAGAGACUCAAUGAUUGAGAUGAUCAUAGAGAAUCAGAUUAUUCAGCCAGAAGAAAUGGAAGAUCUUUUGGUAUGUUAUCUGACUUUGAAUGCAGAUGAAUAUCAUGAUCUCAUCAUCAAGGUGUUCAGGAAGGUAUGGUUUGACAUGAGCCAAGGUAUUUUUGGGUAUUAAACUAAAUAUGCAAUGUGGUUACUAUGAAUAACAACCCGUGUCAAGUUUACACGCUUGACCAAAGUGUACAGUUACUCUAAAGCACAUGUUCUUGCCAUGCUCUAGUUUAUUUUCUUAAUGUAAUAGUGUUUCCAUAAAUUCUCAAUUACUAUUAA